ACAAGUUGUUUUUUAAAAAUGGAGGUUAAAGUGACAGUUUGCGCAUUUUGAACAAUUGUUGUUUUAUUAUUUAUUCAAUUUAAGCACCGAACAAUUUCACAAUUUUGUAGUGUCGAGUGACGGAGUUUUUAUAAUUUUUCUUGUUUUUAAAAUAUUGUUUAUACUUUAUUUCAUAUAGAGAAUAGUGUGUGUUUUUAAAGAGAAAAACUUAUAUAACCAAGAAAAAUGGAGAAGCAUCAACAUAUCAGAGCACUUAUUAAUGCUGUCAAUGAUUACUCAAAACAUCAAAGUGAGGCAACUGCUUCAGCGCUUCAAAUGAAUCUUGCAAUGAUAAGUGCGUCAAUAGACUUGAGUAUAUUUGAUCCAGGAAGUUGCAUAGCUGCCGAUUUUUACGUCAGUUUGCAUGAAUUGAUGAAUACUUUAGGAUCAAAAACAACUUUAAUUUGGAGUGCCGUUGAUGUUUUGCAAACAGCCUGUCGAAAUACAGCCGCUCGACAAGCUCUCACACACACUUAUAAAUUUGCACCAAUUUUGACCAGAUUACUCGAGGCCCAGAAUUUAACAGCGGAAAAAAGAAUAAGAGCAUUAAAACUCCUUCAGGAAUUAACUUAUGGUAUAAAGAUUUCAUGGCAAGAGACUCAUUUACCAUAUUUAAUAACAACAUUAACACAAUGGGUGACACAGUCGACGGAAGAGGAAGUACUCGCCCUUUCGCUUGGUGUUUUAACGAAUCUUUGUUAUAAAAAUUUACCAGCCGUUUACACAUUAAUGAGAACAAUUGAUUCAAAAAUGUUUGUUCGAAUUUUAUUAAAACACCAAAGUCUCAAUAUCAAUACACGUGUUCAAUGUUGUAAACUAUUGAUAAUUCUCGAGCACAUAAAUACUGAAUUAUCAGAGAAAUCAAUUCUUGAUUUUACUCUCACGACUUUUAAAAGUAUCAUUCAGGCUCUUGAGAAACGUGAUGUUUUACUUUUGAGACAUAUCGUUGACUUCUUUGAAGAUGUUCGCCAAAAGAGUGAACAUUCCCGUUUAAUUUUAUUAUCAUACUCUCAUUAUCAAAGGGACGUGGCCGCGAUUUUAGCAACUUUAGAAAAUGACUGUGAUCCAGAAUGUGUGGCUUUAAUGAUGGACUUUCUUCAGUCAUUGGUGAAAUUGAAAAUAACAAAUUUAAUUUCUUUGUAUCCUUCUUGUAUAAAAUGUGCCACCUCAUACGUUCCCAUGGAGCAAGUUUGUUCGAAAGCUCUUUCACUGAUAAGAACAAUUGUAAUUGAUUCGCGUCGAACAAAAACAAUAACGGAUGUUCUAUCGGAAUUGGAUAUUUCAAUUUUAAUGUUGAUCGUUAAUUCUUAUGAUGAGGAACAAAGUUUGGAACCAAGUUCCGAGAAAAUUGCUCGUCUCAAUGAAUUAAUGCAAUUAUUGCAAGAAAUUGUGAAAAUCGAUAAUUUAAGAGGAAAAGUUUUUCAAUCAUUCACCGAUCAAACAAUGAGAAAAUUAUUAAAAGGUAUUCUUAAUGACGAGGAUCGUGAUAUGAGCCCAGAUUAUCCGGAUAAUAUUUCUCCGAAUCAGUCGACGACAUUUUAUGUUCAUGCUUUGGCUUUGACUUCCGAAAUGGCGCAAACAAAUUCCGACUGGUUAACAUUAUAUUCGGAGUUGAUGCGAAAAAAACAGAUCCACAUGACAAUGGCAAUGGCUUUAUUCACCGGUGACGAGGAAGUGAAGCAAAAAGUGCUGCAAUUGCCAGCAACUGUAUGCUUCCCUCAAGAGUGUCUCACAACAGUAGCUCAUUGCAUGGGCGAAAUAGAAUCUUUGGUACUUGUUCGUGGCGAAAUGAAUAAAUCGAGUGAAAAUAGAAAUAAAUAUUCUGGACACUAUUCAGGAAUGGAAAUGAUGCCAUUUAUGUCACACGUUCAAGAGGAACGUCUCAAUGUUUGCAUUGAUAAAUUAAAUAAAGCUCACGUUGAAAAUAAAGUGAAUGACGUUACAACUUCAGCUGUUAUCGAACUCUACGAAUACAAGUUGGCGGCAAUUCGAAACGCAGAAAGAUCAAAUCAAGCGAGUUUGGAAGCGGCAAACAAUCGUGUCACCAGUCUUCAACAUCAAUUGGCGCAAGUUAUCGCCGAAUCGAGAAAAUUACACCAAUUACUCUUUCGUUCCCAACAAUCAUUGGAAUGUUUACAAAAAGAAAAAUCUCUUUUCUCCGCGAAAAUAGAGGAAAUCGAGAAAGAAAGUAAACGAGCUUAUUUCGUUCACAAUAAGGAUAGUGAAAGUUUAAAGAAAAUUGUUUCCGAAAAAUCAGCGCAAAUAGCAAAAUACGAAACAAUCGUAAGAGAACAAAAAGAGGAAUUAAAUAGUUGUAAAGAAAAAAUUGAAGUAUUUACGAAAAAAGUGUUAAAACUAGAAAUAGAUUAUGCAACAAUGGAGAAAAAAUCACAGGAAUUAAGUACUAAAAAUCAUGAAAUGUCGAAAUUGGUUAAUAAAACGCAGGAAGGACUAUCGAAAAAGGAACAGAUAAUAGAGGAGAAAAAUGUGGAGAUCACCUCGUUACAAGAGGACAAGAACGCAUUAAAACAGGAAAUGCAACAAUUAUCAGUACAAUGCAAUAGAUUGCAAGUAAUUAUUAAAGAAAAAGAAGAGAUAAUUCAAAAAUACAAAUCCGAAGUGACAGACUUUAGUCGAAUGAGAGACAUGAUUUUUGAAUUGACUGCAAAAAAGAAGGAAGAUUUAAAUUCCACGUAAUAUUAAUUUUUUACAAUAUAUACUAAUUACCGACGAGAAAGAAUACUUUUUUAAUUUUAAAAACAUCAGAAAGAAGUACUUUUUUUAAAAAGAUUUAUCACAAUGAAAGAAAGAAAAAGUAAA